AUGCUCCUAUCUCUGCUGCUGUGCACCAUCUGUCUCCUUGUCCUACCAUCCUCCUCUACCCCCAGCCAUGGCUCAGAUGACUCAAGACUCCUACAGGUGACCAUCCCUAUCAAACCACCCAUCGCCGCCAUCUUGGGUGGCUCUCUCACACUGCCUUGUUUGGUGUCCCUGUCCCAUCCACCCCCGUCCCCCUCAACGGUGGGUCGACACGCCGUCCUCACCUUGCCCCGGGUCAAGUGGAGCAUCCUGUCACAAGGCCGAGAGACUGAGAUCCUGGUGGCCCGCGGGGACAGGGUAAAGGUUAGUGAGGCCUACAAGGACCGGGCCUUCCUGUUAAAUUACGCAUCCUCCCCUGCCGACUUAACCAUGAAGCUGGAAGGUCUGCGGUACAAUGACACGGGCUUCUACAGAUGUGAGGUGCAGCAAGGCCUGGAGGAUGCAGAUGAUGUGGCUUACAUCAAGGUCAAAGGGGUGGUGUUCCACUAUAGAGAGGCUGCUAGUCGGUAUGCCUUCACCUUCGAGCAGGCCAGGAAAGCCUGCAAGGAGAUUGGUGCUCACAUCGCCUCUCCAGAACAGCUUUUUGCAGCGUAUUAUAGUGGCUACGAACAGUGUGAUGCAGGAUGGCUUUCCGACCACUCAGUAAGGUAUCCUAUCCAGAUGCCAAGGGAGGGCUGUUUUGGAGAUAUGGAUGGAUGGCCUGGAGUCAGGAGCUAUGGACUGCUGGAGCCUGAUGAGCUCUAUGAUGUGUAUUGUUAUGUGGAGGAUAUCGAAGGCAAGGUGUUCCAUGGCUCCUCUCCUCACCGGUUCACCUUAUGGGAAGCAAAGGCUCACUGCAGGGAUCAUGGGGCUGAGUUGGCAACCACAGGUCAGUUGUAUGCAGCCUGGAAUGAUGGCCUGAACCACUGCAGCCCUGGUUGGUUGGCAGACGGAAGCGUACGCUACCCUAUCGUAAUUCCCAGAGAGCGCUGCGGCGGGGGCGAGCCUGGAGUCAAGACUGUCUAUCGUCAUAGCAACCAGACGGGCUUCCCUGAGCCACACGCUCGCCACGAUGUCUACUGCUUCCAAAGCUACAACCACGCACACACAGACUCCCCCUAUGAAUACCUGGCCACCGAGCCGGAGGACAUUGUGACCCUGGCCGACCCUCUGGACGAGUUCAGCCUGGUCCACAUGACAGAACAAGAGGGUAGUGAAGCUCAAGGUGCUCUGACAGCCAUCCCUGUCUCAGAGGAGCAAUACCCUGAAGAGCACAAGGAGAAACAGGGGGCUGUGGAGGGUCAAACCCCCACUGUGGCCUAUGACGAGCUCCCCUUUCCCAUGGAACCCCAGAGCCCAGUCACCUCUUCAUCCAUACCUCGAGAGUCCAAGGCCACAAAAGACACGUUGGAGCCCGUGCACAAGGCCAGUUACCCAGAGUCACAUCAGCCUGCUCCAGGUGAACACCAAGACCCAAUCUACCCGGUUCCAUCUCACGAUUCUCACGAAGACAGCAUCAGUAACACAGAGUCUUCUUUGGAAGUUGACAGGCACACCGGAAGUGUUCCACAAAUUGCUUUGGAGGCAUCUGUAUCCAGCUCAGAGUAUGAGGUAACAAGCCCAGUGAAUGGGUUCACCACACCUCCAGAAGACCAUUCUGAGGAUGGUCACGUGGAGCAGUGGAUCCACUCAGGCAACUCUCACAAAGUUUCAGGAGAUCCUGAGGAAGCCCUUGCCAGGGGUGUCGUAGAGCCAUCUGUAGCUGCCACUUCAUCUCAUGCGCAUCCAGAGCUCUUCCCUAUCUUCUCCACCAACCCAUCCUCAUCUUUUGAAAACACUACGCCUGAAUAUCCCCUAAACAAAGUGAAUUCUGUAGAGGAGAGUUCCAAUUUAAUUCUUUCUGGCGAAGAGCAUCCCUUGUCCUCUCAUACGACGGCUACCCUUAGCCAAGUGGACAUUGACCCCUAUGACACCCAUGAAGUGAUACCUACCUCUGAGUACAGUUAUACUCCCACACAGCAACCGUCUGGCUUAACAAUACCAAAUUCCUCCACCCCAGUAGACCGUAAGGAGCAGGAGGCCGGUGGAACCUCUGUGGAGUCAUUACCAGAAGCUUCCACUCACUCAGCAGACCUAACUUUGGUCACCACAGACAAUAUCAUCUCAGUCACUAGUGAGCCAGGUUCCAGUGAAGAAGGCAUCCACAGAGAUAACUACCCUGUGACUCUUUUGACCUCACCUAUACGCAUGACUCUGUCUCCUCCUGUCGUGGAGGUGGAGGCCAGCUCUAUAGGAGAGGUGAUCACCUUCAUUCCUGAAGUAAGUGUCCCCUCUGGGUUUGACCCCUUGGAAGGAAAUCUGGACAAGGUGGAGCAGGAGGGAGUGGGUGAAAGCCCAGAAAUGCUCAUUACUAAAACUCCAGACAUUGCAGACACAGCCUCAGGCCUGGGGGUUAGUGGCCUGGAUGGCAGUGGCUUGGAGGCCAGUGGCUUGGAGGCCAGUGGCUUGGAGGCCAGUGGCUUGGAGGGCAGUGGCUUGGAGGCCAGUGGCUUGGAGGCCAGUGGCUUGGAGGGCAGUGGCUUGGAGGCCAGUGGCUUGGAGGGCAGUGGCUUGGAGGCCAGUGGCCUGGAGGGCAGUGGAGAGGAUGCUGGGUCGGGAUCAGCAGAUGAGAUUUCUGGAUCUGCCGAUACAUCAGGAGAAACCUCUGGAGAAAGCUCAGGGGUCUUUGCCACAGAAUUCCCCUUGACAAAUGAAACUCUCAACUCCGUCAAUGACACCGACAGUAGCGAAAUUGAGUCCGGAACAGAUACACCCUCCUCCGAGAUAGAAAUCACAUUGCUCCCUAACCUGUCACUAACCCCCAGCUCGGAGACAGAACCAGCCCCCACCGUCCCCCAGGAGUCUCGGUCGGACCUGGAGUACAGUGGGGAGGCAACUGACACUGAAGUCGAUGCUCCCGAGUCCUCUAACCUGCCACCCACUGAGGAACCAGAGGAGGAGACUCCCAGCCACUCUCCGACCACAGAGGACUAUGAUGAACUCACAACAAUGACAGCCACUCCGUACCCUGAGGACUUUGAUGAGGAGGAGUUGACUACAACCCCUGCAGCACCACCUUCUGGCAGAUCAUCUGUUGGAAGAUUUUGGAGGAUUUCAGAGGAGGAGCCAUACUGCAAUCACACCAAGAUGUACACAGUGACUAAUGAUGCCUGUGUGGAUAACCCUUGUUUGAAUGGGGGCACCUGUGUUGACGGUGGAGGAUCAACACAAUGUCUUUGCCUACCCUCAUAUGGUGGAGAUAUGUGCCAGACAGAUUUGGAGUCGUGUGAACCUGGAUGGGAGAAGUUCAUGGGAUUCUGUUAUCGUCACUUUGACAAGCAGCAAGGCUGGGAGGUAGCCGAGCAGCACUGUCGUAUGUGUGGAGGGCACCUAGUGUCCAUCAUGACCCCCGAGGAGCAGGACUACAUCAAUGAUAAGUAUAGAGAGUACCAGUGGAUUGGACUGAACGAUAGGACCAUCGAAGGAGACUUCCGUUGGUCUGAUGGGAACCCUCUUCUGUAUGAUAACUGGUACCGGGGCCAGCCUGACAGCUACUUCCUGUCGGGGGAGGACUGUGUGGUGAUGGUGUGGCAUGACGAAGGGCGCUGGAGUGACGUGCCCUGUAACUACCACCUUUCUUACACCUGCAAAAAAGGCACAUCUUCCUGUGGCCAACCUCCUGAAGUCCCCGGUGCUAAGUUAUUUGGUAAGAGGCGUCUGCAUUAUGAAACUAACUCCAAAGUGCGCUACUACUGUGGUGAAGAAUUCCUCCAGAGGAAGAAUCCUGUCAUCAAAUGUCUGUCAAAUGGGCAAUGGGAGGCACCUCAAAUAACCUGUACACCAAACCAGUCAGCAGAAUAUGAGCAGAUAACUACACCGCCAUACCAGAAUGAGGAGGUGUUGGUUGUGGACACAGCUACAGAGAAAGCCACUCCACAGUUUUGGGACAUUAAGUGGAACUUUUAAACUCUUGAAUCCAAGUGUUGUGUACCCUGUUUAAUCCCGUGUCACUGAUGUAUUUCACUCUAAGGCUGCCCAACCUUGUUCUCCAACAAGGUCGAACCUCACUUAAGAAAUGUUGUCUUUGAAGCCAAGUUGUUGAUGUAUUCCCAUCACCUAAUUCUUCCAGAAUAAACCCAUUAGCAAAAUUAUAAGACUUUGAUAGGACUCUAAUACAGUUAUGAGCUCACUUGAAGUAUAUCAAACAUGUCAAGAAAAGGAAGCUUAGCAAAAAACGAGUGCAUACUGUAGUAUGUUAAUGGGAAACGCCUAUUACUAUACGUGGUCUAUCAACUAAUAAUGACACUGUUGGAAUACUGUAUUUGACUGCAAUGUCUAGUUAUGAAGCUCUUAGAUGGGGAGGAUGGAUAAGCACAAAUUAAUUCUCAACCUCAGCUGGUCUGACAUUAACUGAAGCCACUUAAAUAGAUAGAUAAAUGGGUACUUUAUUAAUCCCCUAGGGAAAAUUGCUUUCAUUCUCUCUUCCUCAGCAACAGUUGCAAUUUUUCUUUGAGUCCAGUUUGUAUCUGUUUUUCCUACAUAUUUCAGAGCUCAGAUAUACCUUCCCACAGGUAUUACCAUUAAUUCAACAUGUUCGCAUUCCUUGGGCUUUGUUUUUCAGUUUGCUCACAGUUCCAUUCAUAGUAUCUGCAGAACACAUAAUCACUAAGAUACUUGCAAAAACCUCAAACAUUUUGUCCCAUUUAUCUUUGUAAUUUCUAGAUAUUGUAUCAAUGACAUCCAUCUAUAGUUAGUCAAACUCGGUAGGCUAUAACAAGAAAUGUGUAUGAAUACAUAUUGGAUUUAACCUUUCAGCUGAUUACAUCUACUAACUGUAGUGAUAUGUUUACUUACUGUACUUAUAAAUAAAGUAUGUCUGUAAGGCACCGUAGUUAUUGGUUUUACAAUUAUAUUUGGACUCAAUGUUAGGUUUUUUGUACUGUUAAUUUCAUUAAUUCCAACUGAGAUCUGCUGUCAGUGGUCUAAACAAAAAUCACAAUCAGGAUACACAAAGAUGCAUAGAUCUGAUUAAUACAGUUUCAUUUAUGAUUUCAUAAAAUAUACAGUUGAUAUUAAAAUACAUGAUUAUAUUUAAAUAUAUUAUGAUAUAUUUAUCAAGGGGUCUUGGAAUAUAUAGGCACUGAAAAUGAAAAUAUGGACAUUGGGUGUCUUGUUAAAUGAACUGCUAGAUUUUUACUACUCCCUAUAUUGUAGACGGUAGUUUUUUACUAACACCAUUGUGUUUGAUAUAA